AUGGCGGUGCCGUCCUCCGCCUCCGCAUGCGUGCGCGCCGGCCCGCCGCCGGCCCGCCGCGCGUGUACCACUGGCACCGCGACCGCGGCGUUCUUCCUCCGCCACCAGCGACUACCGCCGCCACGGCAGCUAAUAAACCUCCACGGCCGUGCGAGCUCCGACCUCCGCUGCCGCCGCCGGCUCCUCACGGCGCGAGGCGAGCGCCCGGCCCCCGACGAGGACGAAGACGACGAUGAGGAGCAGGCGGCUGCUGGUGGCGGGUCGUUCGACGCGGCGGUGGCGCUGUUCAACCGCGGGGAGUACCACGCGUGCCACGACGUGGUGGAGGAGCUGUGGUACGGCGCCGAGGACCCCGCGCGGACGCUCCUCCACGGCGUCCUCCAGUGCGCCGUCGGCUUCCACCACCUCUUCAACCAGAACCACCGCGGCGCGAUGAUGGAGCUCGGCGAGGGCCUCUGCAAGCUCCGCAAGCUGCAGCUAGGCGGCGACGGCGACGGCGGCGGCGGUGGCCCUUUCUCCCGGUUCCGGGACGAGGUCGCCGCCGUGCUGCAGUUCCUCUACCGCACCCAGAAGGAGCUCGCCGCAUGCACCGAUGAGAUGUGCUUAACCAUGGACGGCUCGGCGAGCUCGUACCAGCUGCUCGGCAACUUCGCCGCCGGCCAGCAACUCUACCGGCUGGAACUGGAAGCUGAGGACGACGGAGCUUGUUCCAGCAUACUGUUCUCUGCACCUAAGGGCGGCGAUGGCGAUUCACAAGGAGCUCAUGCUCAUCACCCUCAGAGAGUGAAGCUUCCAACACUGCGUGCCACGGAGCAACAUCUGGCAGCGCUUCAGUGUGCAUACGAAUAUACGUAG